UUAAUUUCGUAAAAUAUUUAUAUGAUCUCUUGAAUUACUAUUGUUUCCAUUUCUAGCUGGGUGCCAAAAACACAAAGGUUGCCAUGACAACCAAGCCGGCGGUUACCAUGACAACGGAACAACUCAGUAACAACUGUAACGCUUGCUGUAUAAAAACGUCACCCUCGUGUGUGACAUGUCACAAACAAAGCCUACCUCUCACUUGUUACAUCAGUGAGAGGAAAUCUUCGCUGAUAAGCAUACAGAUAAGAGACAAGAUAAGAGAUAAGCCGUCUCCGAUCAGUUUACAGAUAAGUGACGAGCCCACAGAGGUUGUUAUAGGAGAUAUAGAUGUUGUGAGGAAGCUAGGAGUUGAGGGUGUUGUCAAGAAACCUGUUUUUAAGGUUUUGAGCGCUGAUAAACUGGGGAGCAAGACGGGGAAUGUGGAGAAAGUGAUCAAGACAGGAAGUUUAAAGGUGGUUAGAAGUGGAAGUGGUAAAGUUGUUAAAGGUGGAAGUGUCAAGGUGGUAAACACAAGUGGUAAAGUGGUAAACGGAGGGAGAAAGUGCGAGCUGGAGAGUCUUGACAGUAUCUUUAACGGCAUACAGCUGGAAGUGGAGCGGAGUGUGUUACUGUGUGAUAAAGUUCUCGGGAAACUGGAAAGUGGCAGUGGGCUAUCUGACGACGAGCCUCUUUCUCCGCUGGAUUUCAUGACGGACUCUACGUCUCCCUCUAAACCUACCUCUAAACCCGACCACCCCUCCCAACUACCCAAAGAGAACCACUCUCCUGACACAACCAGUCAAACAACUGAGGACAACACGUCACGUGAUGACGUCAGUAAUUUGGAUGAUGAUGUCACGUGUGAUGACGUCACGUGUGUUACUGAUAAUGUCACGUGUAAGGCAGAUGAAGUCACGUGUGAGACUGAAGAUGUUAAACAGACAAGCACGUGCUGCGCGGCUCAGCAGAGUGAAGGGUUGGAGCUGGAACUGCAGACCUCUUUCCACGUGUGGUACCAGACUGAUCUGAGUAGAGAACAUGCAGAGGAACUUCUCGUCAAGCAACCUAUUGGAACGUUUUACAUCAGAGGCAGCAGCAAGCUGGACCACUACGCACUGAGUGUUCACAUUAGUUACACAGCCCCCUGUGUGGAACACUAUCUUGUACAUGAUCACAAUAACGUGUUACAGAUGGAGAACUCAAGCGCCAAGUUUCCCAGUUUUGUAAAGCUUCUGGCUUUCUUCGCUAACAGUCGGACCUAUUCGGCAACGACAGGUAUUCCCGUUCAACUGAAGAUCCCUCGCUUAAUCUCCACCUCCGGAAACCCAACUUCUGUAUACGACCAGAUAGAGCUAGGACCAACUAGAGCACACGAGCAAGCAGCUGGUAUUACCCCCACUACUACUACCUACAAACAACCCGCUCCAGGCAGCAUCGCUAAAGUGUCUCUUACUGUGAACGAGAACAGAGUCUCUACUCGACGUAAGACACACAGUCCACCACCUCGAGUAUCACUUAACAGCGGACAGGUUACAUCGAGACCUAAAUCAGUACACGUAACUUGCAGUCGAGACAACGGUGUCAACAUGAAAGAUCUGGAAGGAAAUGCAAGUGCACCGCCCAAGCCCCCAAAACCAAAGCACUACCGUCACAACUAUAACUUUCCCCACGAAAAGGACCUUAUCUACAUCAACCUCGAUAAGGGGUGUGAUAAGAUGAUAGAAGUACUGUCGCCGACCCCACAGAACGACCUCAGCGAGGGUAGCAAGAGGACCCGUAUCGUACAGUUCACCUACGAUUCUAACAAUCUCAACUCUGAGAAACAUCGCAAACGCCAAGGACCAGCAGUGUUCCACGCGCCGCCACCGCCGCCAACCACCGCCUACGACGACGAUCAGGAGAACAUGCCAGUAUUCCUGGCGGCGUCUCCACCUAACGGCCCCGUGUUUAUCCCUCCUUCGCCACCUAACUGUCCGCCUUCUACUGACGGGAGUGACGAGGAGUACGAACUAAGCAGCUGCGCUGGGUCGAUGUACAGCAGCAAGAAUAGCGUGGAUCUCGGAUCAGACUCGAUACGGCUCCGACCCAACAGAGGACCCCGAGCUUCCGUCAUGGACAAGGUUAAAUCGGUCAGAUCAAGAGUAUUCAAACUGGACCGACCAGGUCGACAAUCCGUCAGAGCUAAACUAUGUCAGAAACUCUCCCCUCACGUUUUACGUCUCACUGACUCACAAGACUUUACUUUCGCUGCAAGGGUCAACACGUUCGUCACGUUUGUGAAGCAGCAGCACCAGAAAGUUCCUGAUAGACUCCUUAGCCAGAUCAGAGAGUUCAUGUGCACGAUAAAACACGAGCUCCUCUCGUACCGAUCAGACGUAGUAGAAGACAUGGUGUGUAGAGCCCAGAGAAAAGGGGGGCCUCCCACCAAACUGAACGAUGUUCUAGAAGGAAUCCUGGUUAAAGCGGUGAUCUGGCCUCUCAGAUCCUACAUUAGCAAGGUGCUGCAUGAGCAUGAUGAGCAGGAGGCUGAGAAGCUGAAGAAUUCCAUGACUGUGGCUCUUUCUAAACCUCACGAGGAACUCGGUAUCAACAAGGACCUAUUCUGUGGGGAGGAAAUGGACUGGAGUGUACCUGUCCAAUGUCUCCAAGACAUGCCAAACCACUACAGUCCAAUCAAGAAACUAGAGAGAUUACUGGCCAGUGUUAAUUCUAUCUACACUAUCGUUAGAGAUCAGAAUCUGGAGCACACGGGGGUGCCUCAUACCAUGGGGGCUGAUGAGUUUCUACCUUUGUUUAUCUACGUUCUGGCGCUCAGCGGUCUCCAUACUGCUGGACAGGAGGUAAUGUACAUGCAGUACCUGCUGGACCCCCCUCUCCUGAUCGGAGAACCAGGAUACUAUCUCACCACCCUCGCAUCCUCCAUAAUCCUUCUCAAGUCUCUCAACUUCGAUAAGCCUCAGCAUAUUCUACCUACUGUGGGACAUCUCCAGUCCAUGUUACAGAUCCACUUUACUGACCCUGACAUGGAGGAGAUCGCGUACAAGACCCUGCCAAUCUGUCAAAACACCACAACAUCAGACCUCCUCGCCACCCUCUCCACCAAGUUCCGGCUAGACCACAUCGACAAUUACGGACUAUUCAAAGUAGAGGACGGAAGGGAGACUCUGCUGUCAUCAGCGGAAUGUCCGCAGUUUAUCAAGAACGAGUGGUUUGUGGAGAGUUUGGAGAGGGAUAUCAACUCUUAUUUUACUUUCCAUAGGAUCAACCGGUGAUGUUAGGUGUUGGACCCGGUGAUAGACGGUGAUAAUGACAGCUGUGAUGUGGUUUUAAGCUUGAAGCUGGUGAUAGAGUUGUUCUUUUAA